AUCCUGGAACCAGAUUUGACACCAGAUAAGCAGCCCUCUCAGUCUCAACGAUCCACACUAAGUGGGUUUGUAAGACAUCUUCAUGUGUAAGGGACUUUCCUCCCUGCCGUCUUCAUGUCUGGAGAGGGCAAAAGGGAUGCGGGUGAAAUUCAGCCACCUGGCUGAGACGCACCACAAACACAAGGUUCAGGAUUGGAGAACUCCUCAGGACCUGGAGACUCUACUGAACCACAAAGGUGGUCAGCAAGCAUUUCAUGGGUUCCUGCGUUCAGAGUUCAGUGAGGAGAACCUGGAGUUCUGGCUGGCCUGCGAGGACUAUGAGGUUUCACCUUGUAACCUGCAGAAGAUCAAGGCCGGCAGCAUCUACAGCCGGUUUAUCAACCCUGACGCACCAAAGGAGGUAAACCUGGAUGCUGAGACUCGUGAGACUCUGCUGAGUAUGAUAGACUCUCCUUAUCCCGAGAUGUUCAAGGCGGCACAGCACACCAUCUACACUCUGAUGGCCAAAGACUCCUUCCCUCGCUUCCUGCGCUCUCAUCCCUGCAUAGAGGCUAUUAGGGCUUUUUAAAAGGCAACAUUUUAUCACCUCAAACCUGCUUUAUAAGAAGUUGCUGAUGAAUCCGUACUGCUGGACAUGUCGAUUGUAUUUUAUAGUUUAUUCUAGCACGUAGCUUUGUUUUGUGAUUGUUUACCGUGUCAUUUUUCUGCGGUUUGCAGUAACUGUGUUGACAUAGAAACCUCAUCUUUGUGAAGCUAACAUGUAGGUGCAACUAAAUUAUGCCUCUGUACUACAUAAGCUACUGUACAUUUGAUUACAAUAUUAAAACUACUAUUAAAACUG